AUGCGUAUGCAUGUUGCAUCUAGAUUAGUUCGAUUUGUUCGGAAUAAUCCUGGUAAAGGAUUAUACUUUCUAGCAGAUUCUGAACUCAAAACUUUUUGCAUUUUCAGACUCUGA